AUGGCGACGUACUUUGACUUGCGUUUGGAGGCGCCUCCCGGGGCUGAGACGCCGGAAGAUCUUCUGGCCUCUCCGGCGUUUUGUUCUCUCUUGUCUCGAGCGUCUUUCCUCGGCUACAAGACCGUCGCUGUGAACGUCAAUCUCCAUCUUCCCCUUCCGCCGCCCGCGCCCUCCUCUCCAUUCGCUCAUCCUCUCCGCUCUCCACUUCCCACUCUACAGGCCAACAAAAUCUAUGUAACGACAGGGAAGGAAAGUGUCUCCUGUUCUUCCUCUUCUUCCUCUUCUUCCUCGUCCUCUUCUUGCUCCUCUUCCUCUUCUUCCUCUUCUUCUUCCUCUUCUUCUUCCUCUUCUUCUGCAUCUGGGGUACCCUCUUUCUCUCCUGGUCCUGUGUCUUCCUCUCCAUCGUUCCCUAAUCCUUUGAUUUCCUGGCUACCUUCGUCGCUCUCGCCGUUCCGUGUCCACCUAGGAGAUCCCCGUCUCGGGAGUCAUCGCAGCCCAGACAGUCCCAUCUUGGGAAGGCAGCGCGACGCGCAAACGCAGAAAUCAUCAAAUUCUGCCUCUCCCUUCUCAUUCCCCCCCUUUUCUGACCCUCAUUCACCUCUCUUGCAUGGACUCUCCGCUUCUUUUGUGCCUCUUUCUCUCCUACACACACACAGCUCUACUCCUUCCGCUUCUGUUUCUUCCUCUCCUGUCUCCUCCUCCUCUAUUUUGUGUGUGCCACGAGCACCUGAGCUCUCCGCGUCUCUGGGGACAGUCUGGGGCGACACUUUGCCGUAUGCGACGGCGGCGACGCAUGCAUCGCAGAAGGCUGUCGAGUGCCGGCUGCGACAGAUUCUGUCUUGUCGCGCAAGGCAGGCGUCUCUUCCAAACGCUGUCGACGACGAGGCCAAGACAGAAGGAUUUCGGGGAGAGAAGAACGGCGUUGCAAGGGAAGCGCAUGGCGAAAAGGCAGGCAAUGAAGGAGGGAGAGAGGAGCAAGGCGAGGAAAAGUGCAACAGUCUACGAGACGUUUCUGUGAAACCAAGAAGGUCUGUGUAUCCGUUUCUCGCGUGUCCUGGAAAUCCGCUUGCCUCUUGCGAUUUGCUACAGCUGCGGCGCGUCACAGUCGUCCUCCACACCGUGAGCGCCGCGGCUGCCUUCUCUUCGCUCUUCCCUCCAAAUCCGCCCUUUUACGGGGAACGGCGCGGGAAAAGCGAGAAGCAGAACCCGUCGCCCAGCUGUAUAGACAUCCUCGCCGUGCAGCCGACAGAUGAUGCCACGUGGCAGUUUGCGUGCAGCAGCUGCGAGUGUGAUCUCAUUUCCAUCGACUUUGCUGCGAAUCUCGCGUCUUCCGAGAAAGACGGAAGGAAAACGCAGGCUUCGCUCCUCGCUGCGAGUCUCGAGGAAGACGAACGAGAAGAACAAAUGCCGGAGAAAGCCGCCGCCCUAAACCGUCUCCCCUUCACUAUCCGAAGACGCCACGUCCAACAGGCUCUGCGCCGCGGUCUCUACUUUGAAAUCAACCUCGCAUCCUUCCUGUCUCCCUCGUCUUCUCUCUCUUCUUCUCUCUCGUCUUCUCCCUCUUCUUCUCCGUCUGCGUCUCGCGCGUUUCUUUCGGCGCUGGUAAAUGCGCAGCAGUUGCUCCGCUUUGUGCCCCCAGAGCGUCUGUUGCUCUCUGCAGGUGCGGAUACACCCGAGCGUUUGCUUCCGCCGGCGCUGCUCUCCGCUCUCUUUGCAGGCUUGAGGAUUGGAGGCGCAAAGGAAGGUCCGAAACUUCUUUCUUCGGCCGCGGCAGCAGUGGUUUCGCGUGGCGCAGCGAAACAGGCUGCAGGCGGCGGCUGUCUCGGAGGGUGGAUUGGCGCCGGAAUAUGA